AAAAAAAAAAAUAAUUAUGGAUCGUCUAUCUACAUUAUUCGCCCAACAAGACGAUAGAACGAAAUUCACACUGACAGCCAUUGCAGCAUCCAUAUUGACAGCGUCUAGUAUUAUUGGAUAUCAAGAACUUCAACGACAAAGAAGAAAGCAUGGUAAACAACAGGUUUCUUCACUGGACCAUGAAGCUCGGUUUAUGAACAAUAUCAAUACACCGGUUUUGAAAAUUGCACCUACUCCUCAUUAUAUCUCAGGUGAACAAGCUAUUCUAGGCGAUGACAAGACGAAGCAACUCCAAGAUGCAUUUGUAAUUGUGGUUGGAGCUGGUGGUGUAGGCUCAUGGGCGGCUUUGAUGCUUCUACGUGCGGGUGUACGACGGUUAAGGUUGAUUGAUUUUGACCAAGUGACACUGAGUAGUUUGAAUCGACAUGCAGUAGCCACUUUGGACGAUGUGGGUACCCCCAAAGUCAAGACCAUGCAACGACAUUUUGAACGUAUCUCGCCUACUUGUCAAUUGGACGCUCGGAUCGAUCUCUUUAAUGCUGAUAAUGCUGACGACCUGCUUUCCGGUCAUCCCGAUUAUAUCAUUGACGCUAUCGACAACAUCAAUACCAAGAUCGACUUGAUCCGCUAUUGCUAUGACCACAACCUCAAAGUCAUCAGUUCUAUGGGUGCUGGAGCAAAGGCUGAUCCUUCUCGUAUCCAAAUCACUGAUAUUAGCGAAACUUUAGAGGAUCCUUUGGCACGUACUGUUCGACGACAUUUGAAAAAAUAUAAUAUUGAAUAUGGAGUACCUGUCGCUUAUUCAACAGAAAAACCUCAUCAUGUCAAACUACUGCCUCUAGAGGAAGAUCGUGUUGAGGAAGCUGAUGAUUUUGCUGCUCUACCUGAUUUCCGAUCACGUAUUCUCCCUGUUCUUGGUACCAUUCCUAGCAUGUUUGGUAUGGCAAUUGCCAAUCAUGUGAUCUUAGAAUUGACUCAAUACCCUGGCUAUCAUCCUUUACCUAUCAAACUUCGAGAAGGACUCUAUGGUCGACUUUAUCGUGAUUUGAUUGUGCGUGAAUCCAGAGAAUUUAAUACAAAAGUCUGUCCAAUGGAUGUGAAAGAUGUUGCAUAUAUUUUUGAAGAAAUAUGGCAUGGUAAAAGUGUACUUACUGGUCCUCAAAAUCAAAUGGCACUAGUCCGAUGGGAUAAGACAAAACCAUUGAACUUUAUGAACACGGUAGUGAUGUCCAAAGAAGAAGCCCGUCGUCAUGAUGCUUUGUCUUCUGAUGUGGAUCUCUCCCAACAUUAUGGCCAAGAUAUCUGCAUCAUGAUUGAAAAAAGACUCAAGGAAGAGGAAGGUUUACGGAAAAUAUGGGAUAGUGCAUUAUAAUGUAUAUUUAGUAUUAGAAUCAUAGGACGGACGACAAACAGCAUCCAUCCAACAAUCUAGCUUAGAUUUCUUUUUUUUUUUUUAGAAUAUCAUCACUUUCAAAUCAAUAAAUGUCCCUGAUAUUUCCAUUGG